UAGCUCAACAAAAGCAUCCUUCAAUCAAGUACGAGUUUCCAGCAUUAUUUGUUCUAAUGAAUUUGACCGUAGUAAACUACAGAACCAGAUUGUGAACAAUUUUUGGCAAAGUUAUAGCGUAUGGACGAUUGUUUGAAGUAAUAAAAGCAACAUUGGUAAAGGGAACGGAGGCCAACGGAAAGAAAACAGAGCAGAGUGCCAGCAAGUUAUCUGGCAGCGACCCACCGCUGUAGUCGCGAGCCACGAGCCAGCAGCUCGUGAGAAGCUGAAUAGAGGGCACUAACCUUCACCGCAGGCGGACCGGUCAGGUGCUGGCGGGAGAGCUCACCAGCUCACAGGCUCAACAGCUCACCAGCUCACCAGCUCACCAGCUCACAGGCUCACCAGCUCACCAGCUCACCAGCUCACAGGCUCACCAGCUCACCAGCUCACCAGCUCACCAGCUCACCAGCUCACCAGCUCACCAGCUCACCAGCUCACCAGCUCACCAGCUCACCAGCUCACAGGCUCAACAGCUCACCAGCUCACCAGCUCACCAGCUCACAGGCUCACCAGCUCACCAGCUCACCAGCUCACAGGCUCACCAGCUCACCAGCUCACCAGCUCACCAGCUCACCAGCUCACCAGCUCACCAGCUCACCAGCUCACCAGCUCACCAGCUCACCAGCUCACCAGCUCACAGGCUCACCAGCUCACCAGCUCACCAGCUCACCAGCUCACCAGCUCACCAGCUCACCAGCUCACCAGCUCACCACCUGCUGCACGCCUGAAGGAUGGAGGAGCUGAAGCCUUACUUGGAGCUCAACAACUGCUCCAAGAUGCCGAUAGUGGGCCUGGGCACGUUUCAGUGCUACGGCGAGGCGAUGGAAGAAGCGCUGGAUGCGGCGCUGGAGGCGGGCUACCGGCACAUCGACACGGCCUACGUCUACGAGAACGAGGCCGCCAUCGGCCGCGCGCUCAAGCGGUGGCUGGACUCUGGCCGCGUCAAGAGAGAGGACUUGUUCAUCACCACCAAGCUGCCGAACAUAGGCUUCAAGCGGGAGCGCGUGGAGAAGUACCUGAGACGCUCGCUCGAAGCGCUGCAGCUGAGCUACGUGGACCUGUACCUGGUGCACCAGACGUGGGGGCUGCUAGAGCAGGGGGAGGACGUCUUGCCGCGGGACGACGAGGGCGAGUUGCUGCUGGACCUCACCACGGACCUCGUCGGCGUCUGGAAGGGCAUGGAGGACCAGGUCGACGCGGGCCGCGCGCGCUCUAUCGGCCUGUGCAACCACAACGCGCGCCAGAUCAAGCGCAUAUUGCGCGCGGCGCGCAUCAGGCCCGUGUGCCUGCAGAUCGAGCUGUACCUGUACUUCCAGCAGCGCGAGCUGGUCGCCUUCUGCCGCGCACUCGACAUCGCGGUCGUCGCCUACGCCCCGCUCGGCUCGCCCGGCAUGGUCGACGUGUUCACCGAGAUGGGCGGCGAGACCGACAUGAUCCCGCGCGUGGACGCGCUCGCCGACCCGACGGUGCUGGAGAUCGCCGAGAAGCACGGCAGGACACCGGCGCAGGUGCUGCUGCGGCACACGGUCCAGCGAGGCAUCGCCGUCAUCCCCAAGAGCAGCCAGCCCGCCCGCAUCGAGGAGAACUUCCAGGUGCUGGACUUCUCGCUGGACGAAGAAGACGUCGACCAGUUGGACUCUCUGGAUGGCGGCAGGAAGUACAGGCUCUUCUCAGGAAACAUCCUCAAAGGGAUGUCCAAACACCCAGAGUACGCCUACAAUGAUCCAUACUGAGAUGUUGGGAGUCUGCCCGAAGUAUGAAAUAUUUGUGAACAGUAUUAUGUAAGAAUAAAUUAUUUUUCUGUCAUUUGUAACUGUCA